AUGGAACUCGCCGGCGACGUGACGGAUCCGAACACCAGCAAGGCGCUCGUGGGGGAAGCGGCCAAGAGAUGGGGUGGGCUCGACAUCUUUGUUGCCAAUGCCGGCAUAUUUAAGCCGGCCGAGUUUCUGACGCUCGAAAAGGAAGUCUUUGACAAGACUAUCCAUGUCAACAUCAACGGCGCGUUCUACUCGUGUCAGGCGGCAGCCAACCAAAUGGUCAAGCAAGGACGUGGGGGCUCCAUCAUCGGCAUCUCCUCCAUCAGCGCUCUGCAGGGGGGAGGGCUGCAGACGCACUACACGCCCACAAAGGCCGCGGUCCUCUCGAUGAUCCAGUCGAUGGCGGUCGCCCUGGCCAAGCACCGCAUCAGGUGCAACGCCCUGCUGCCGGGCACCAUUCACACGCAGCUGGCCGAGGAGGACAUGCAGAACGAGCAGAAGCGCAAAUACCUGCAGCAGCGCAUCCCGAUGGGCGUGGGGAAGCCGCACGACCUGGCUGGGCCGGCCGUCUUCUUGGGUUGCGAGCAGCUCAGCGGGUUCAUGACGGGGUCGCAGGUGCUGGUCGACGGGGGCAUGGAACCCAUUAUGGGGGCCGAAGACGAGCAAACCGAACGUUACUUCACCCGAGGUCGACUCUCGCGUGGCCGGGGACUCAGAAACACUACGGGCUGCGCGACAUGCCGUCGCCGUCACGUCAAGUGUGACGAGAAGAAACCCGUGUGCGGCGGCUGUGAAAGGACCAAACGGACUUGUGCGUAUGUCCAGAGACGCCCGCCCAACAGGAAGCGGUCUGGCCCAGUGUCAGUGAGCUCUCGCAACGAAGAUGUCUCAAGACAAUCUGUUGAGAGGGAGUCGGGGCCGUCUCAAUCUCGCUCACCUAGCCCAUCGCCUUCAGGGCGUCCACCGGUCAUCAACGAUGUUACCGGGCAGAUAUCCUCCCCACUGACUACAGGUGGGGAGCCAGGAGAGCCUCUUCUGGCCACAGCAACUCUUGCCAGCGGUAAUCCCUCCGGGGACGUCUCCAGGGACGAGCGCAUCCACGCCUCAUACAAUGAUGCCGUCGCUAGUGCUCCAGCUUUGCAACCACAAUCCGCGGUGCCAAGCGCAGAAGAUCCUCCAUGUACCACCGGUGCUACGCCCCAUGAUCCGGCGCUGACUUCCAGCUCUCUCGGGGCCAAUCUCGAGAACGCCACGGCAAUAUGGGUCGACCUCCUCCUCCAGGACGCCUCGAUGCAACAACUCGACUUUUCGGGUCUCAACUUCCAGGCUGACGCAGUCGAUCUUUUCGGAAGCUCAGUGGUGGUGCACUCGCCCGCCGUGGGACGGUCUUCGCAGAACAACACCGGAGACGGCCCGUCGCCAACGCUGUACACGUCGCAUCCAUACCUGCACGAGAGAGCCCCGAACCUGGACGAGUAUCAACGCCUAGAGAAGCAGGCUUGGAAAUCGGCGAGCCCACUCCCUAUUCUACCGCAAGAACACAAAGUCUUCCAGAACUUUGUGCUACACAUGCGCAACGUCGGGCUUAUGAACGCCAUUCUCGCCCUUUCCGCCCGCCAUCUUUCUCUCGGCACGUCUCCAGAUGGGAAGGACGCCCAGGACACAAACGACGCGCUGAGAUACUACUAUAAGACCCUCCACUACAUCCAGGAGGCCAUGCAGUACGACACGUACAAAACGAGCCUCGAGCUUCUGGCCACGAGCUCCAUCGUGUCGGCGUACGAAAUGCUCGACGGCUCCCGGCAGGACUGGGAACGGCACCUCAAGGGGGUCUUCUGCAUCCAGCGGUCGCAGGGCAUCCACGGCGACUCGCUCGGGCUGAAGCAGGCCGUCUGGUGGGCCUGGCUCUGCCAGGACGUCUGGGCCGCCUUCCGCGAGCGGCGGCGCCCCUUUACCUUCUGGCGUCCCUUGCGGACGCUGGACGAGCUGGACCCGCACGAGCUCGCCGCGCGCUCCGUCUACUUCUUCGCCCAGGUCGUGGCCUUUUGCUCCCGCGAGGAGACGGAGCGGGGGAGGGAAGACCCGCUGGCGAGGAUCGCGGCGGCGGAGGCGCUCAAGGACACGCUGGAGGACUGGAGGCGGCAUCUAACAAGCGAGUUCCAGCCGCUGCCGUUCGCGGGCUCGCCGGAGGACGUGUUCGAGCCCAUCUGGAUCAACCCUCCCGCAUUCGCUGUGGCAUUCCAGGUCUACUAUUGCUCGCACAUUUUGCUUCUCCUGCACGUCCCCGCACUUGGGGGGUUGGAUGAGUACACCAAGCAGCGGAAGCGGUUGAUGGAAUGCGUCAGGAGAGUCUGCGGUAUCGGCAUGACGUCCACAGACUACCCCUCGAGCUUCAUGUCUUCUCAGUGUCUCUUUAUCGCCGGGUUGCCCCUCGAAAACAGUAGGGAACGCAGCUUCGUCCUCGAGUUGCUGGAAGCUCAUCGUCUCCGCUCGGGAUGGCCCAUCAAGCCGCUAGGUGAGGAGCUCAAAGCCAGAUGGGAGGCAUCAGACGUCUAA